UAAAAUGUUUUUCAUAUAAUGAAGAGGUUUACUUUGUUUACAAGUUCUAUAUCACAUAGAGCCGUAUAAUCAAAACGGAAACAUAAAGGGGCGUUUUCACAUGAUGAUUUUGAAGCAUGAGACCUAGACUACAAAUCUGAGUUAAGCCACGUACAACGAAAAUGAGGUUUAGAUUUUGUGGAGAUCUAGACUGCCCAGAUUGGGUCCUUGCAGAAAUUAACAUACUCUCAAAGAUUACAUCAGUAAAGAUCAAACUACUAGCAGUUCAAGUAUUAAAAGAUUUACUUGGGGAAGGAAUAGACUAUGAUAAAGUUCACAAGUUAACCUCUGACGCCAAGUUUGAAACUGGAGACAUCAAAGCCUCCAUAGCUGCGCUGUCUUUUAUUCUGUCUAGUGCAGCCAAGUAUGAUGUAGAUGGCGAGACUCUCUCCAAUGAGUUGCAACAACUAGGUUUACCUAAGGAACACACAACGUCACUGUGUAAAUCUUACUCUGAUGCUCAGGUCAAGCUACAGGAACAUUUUAGACAGACAAGUUUACGAGUAUCAAAUCUUGACUCAGUGCAAUGGAGAGUUGACUAUGUUCUUAGUUCAAGUGAACUUCAGCAAGUCAACGAGCCCAGUGUCCAACUGAAGCUUGGAGUCACCCAAGGGGACUCGGCUAAUCCAGAACCUGUUGCAUUUACACUGACCGCUGACAAGUUUAGAGUUCUGUUACAUGAACUGAAGCAAGCACAGACAAUCAUGGAGAAUUUAGAGAAAUGAUUACAGGAUUAUCUCCCCUGCUUUAUCAGUUUAUAAAAGUUAUUCUAGAUUGUGUUGUAAAAGGUGACAAUGAGAAAAUAAACACAAUAUUAAAUUGUCCUUUUAACAUUAAAAAAAACAUACAAUAAAGAAUAAAUAUCCCUAAAAACACACAUACAUAAGAUACAAAUACAUUUUGAGAUAAAAAUAUGUUUAGUUGUGUGUUCUUGUUUAAUUAGACUACUUCAAAGAAUGUCCAUUUAACUAGAAACAUUAUUGUUCUGCUCUUUUGUGAUCAUUAACAUUUAAUGUAUACUUCUGUCAUUACUUAAAUGUAUUUUUUUAAAUAAAACUUUUCCA